AUAAAUAAGUGUGAGUUAAGGACUAAAUUGUGGAAAAUUAUUGUUUUGGGCUUAAUAGCCAAAAUUUCAAAAGUUGAGGGAUUUAAAAGAGGAAAGAAUUUGGAUAAGGACCGGGUAUUUUUUCUUCUUUCUUUCUUCAGCCUUGCCCGAUUCUGCUCUUCUUCUUUUCUUCCCCCUGCAUCGAACAAGAGCCCCAGCCACCACCGACGCCUUCCCUUGAGAGAAAUCAGUAAGAAGCUUGUGUUUUUCUCCUUUUUUCUUGUUCAAAAACCAGAUUUGGAGCCUUGAAACCUUCCCCCCUCUCUGCAAAAAUCCGGAUCUGCUUUGCUCUGUCCGUCCGGUUGCUGCUCUUGCCGGUUUGUGGGUGCGAAUUCUGGGCAUUUUUAGGAAGCGAAAUCGAGAACGAGGAAAUCACGGGAAGCGACGAGUUAGAAGGCUAGCCAUUUCAAGAUUGAUAUAGAUUUUAGAAAUAAAUCAUGAUCUUGUAAACUAGACUUUAUUGGAGAUUUAUGAUAUUAGAGCAAAUUAUAAAAUUUGAUCUUCAGAUUUUGAUGGUAUCAGAUUGUGGUAUGAUAAGUUCUGAGCCUUGUGCAUUUGUGGGACCCUCUCACAAAUGCAUGACAUCUGGCACGAUGUCUGGCACGUCCUCGGAUUUGGAUUUUGGGGCGUUACAGAUUUAGUGGUAUCAGAGCCAAGUUGAAAUUAAGAGCUUAGGUUUAAAUUAAGAGCUUUGGAUUAAAUUAAGUACCUCCAGAUUGAGUGGCAUUAGAGUAGAUUGAGUGGUAUCAAAGCGUAGAUUUAAUUAAAUACUUAGGUUUAAUUGAAUACCUAGGAUUAGUUUGGAACUUGGCUGGCCAAUGGAUUUUAGAACCGUGGUGAGACGAGUGAUGGGGUUAUAUAAGGGAUGAUUCUGAUUCAUGUUGCUUGAAUUUUCUAAUCCAUUUGAUGAGAUGAAUUUUUGUGUGCUCUUUUGCCACAAUUGUAAAAUCUGGGGAGUUGCAGAGAUCUUUAUUAUUGAUCUUGUCGGUCUCUACAGUAUAGCUGAUUGAGAAAUUCGUUCUGUUUGUCACAUGACGAGUGGAAGAUGGGCAACCCUUUACUUUGUGAGAGAUUCAAGGCUAUUUUAGCAAAUGUUGCGUUUUUUUUUUUUUUUUUAAGAGCUGGAUAACUUGGUAAUUUCGCUGCUCAUUAUCUUUCUGAAAGUCUUAUAGUGAAGUUUCACUUUUUCCAGUUGGAGCUUCAUGGUCUUUUCAUGUGGCUCAUUUUUCUGUGUGGGUUAAUAAAAAAAAGUGAUCAAUUCAAUUGAAAUUGCCAUGUUUUUGUGAAGAUUGGCAAGUUGUUAUAAAGUUAAACUCUCUAUUGUUGCUAAUCUCUACAUUCUUGAUGGCUGUUGAAAUUGCUUGAAACUCCUAAAAUCCGUCUUGAAUCUUUCUUGAUAUUGCUUUGUAUUUGUUCUUGAAACUGAAAUCAGAAAUGGAUAAUGAUUAUUGAAAUCCUCAUUAUCUUGAUACUUGUCUGAAACUAUUUCUUGAAACUGUUUCUGGCAUUGUGCUUGGAAUGGGUUCGUAAACCUUGCUUGAAAUUAAUUCUUGCUUGAAUUCUACUCUUGAAAAUUGACUGAUAUUGUUCUUGGAAUCUAUUCUUGAAAAUCAAUUGAUAUUUGGUUUUUGAAAUCUAGUUUGAGUUGUCCUUGAAAAUGUUCUUGUUCUGACACUGGUUCUUGCUCAAAUUCUAUAUAUUGCUCUUGGUCAAAUCCUGCAUAUUCUGCUAAUUCUUGUUUUAGUAUACCUAUUGAUCUUCUUGAUUUUUGAUUUUUGUUCAUAUGGACACCUCUUUAGGAGGGGUGAUGAUUAUUAGAAAAUACCUAUAUGAGGCAUCCUAAAUUCCUGUCUCUUGCAAGUGUUAAUCUCUGUAUCCUUGAUGUCUUAGCUGUGAUGUGACGCUAAGAUGUCUAGGAUGACUUGAUUAUAAAUCUGCUUAGCUUCC